AUGGGUUUAUCUUUGAAGAUGACAUUUGACGAUGUUGCCAAGAAGUCUCUUGGAGAGGCUGUCAAGGCCCUUCUGUCGCCGGCGCGAAAGACCGCCAACGUAAUCAAGCGUCGCUACCGGGAGCACAAAGAGCGUCGUACUUGGAAGCCGACAACCCCGCGGUACGAGUUCCCGCUGUACCCAGACUUUAUCUGCUUUGAUGAUCGUCCGCUUCCUCAGCCCAAGGGGAGAGUUGAGGAGACGGUUAACGUCACAGCGCAGCCAAUCCGCCAGCAUAUCCUGGUGGACCGCUGGAAGACACCCAGCGGAUUCGGGCUGCGACCACGUUUCUACGUUGCGUUUGAGGACGAGGCCAUUCCGCGCCUGGAAGCGGUGGCCGGGGACGUCGAUGCGGAGAGUGCUCACGUCCAGGAGAGCAGCGGCCCUGAGGGGGAACUGGACAAUGACACUGCGUCGGCAACAUCCAGUGACUUCAGAUGGUCGUCCGAGUCGUGGUCGACCAUCACUCCCCGGCACGAGAGCAUCCGGUUUUCGCAACUUGCGAUCAGCUUCGAGGAGAUAUGGGAGAAAUUCGGCAUGGCUAGGGGUGCCGAGUCCCCCGAGAUCGGAGCCCAGGAUAUCUCCUUCGAGGAAUCGUCGUUGAUAUCUCGGGUAGACCGUUGCACGUAUAUGGACGAUCUGCUCCGGGAAAGCACUGGGAACACCUCGACCGACUCUAUGUCGACUCUGCUGAGGCGUAACUCCCCCCUUAGCUCAAAGACGUCACUUGAGACGACGUCGUCAUUAGCGCAGAGUGGGAGCUCUGCCAGCUUCGUGUCGCCCCUCACUUGUGAGGAGCUCGGAGAGCGCGCGCUCUCGCUGGUCAGAGCGGUCGGCGAGAGGACGUCAUUGCCCUCACCAAGGGUCUUGGAGAUUUAG